AUGGCAGCAGUUGUAGUUGUAGCUAAACCUGUGGCUGUAGCUAUAUGGUCCGGUGUGAAGCAAGAAGUGAAACAGGAACCAAAGUCAGAGACAUCCCCGUACCCAGGGAAGUCUGGUUCAGCCUCUUCCAGCCCGGGAUCUGGGAAGGGAACAGGCAAGGGCAUGGGCACCGGAUUUGGCAAGGGCUUGGGAAAAGGCGGUGGUAAAGGCGGCGGUAAAGGCUGCGGUAAAGGCGGCGGGAAAGGCAGCGGGAAAGGCAGCGGCGUAGCGGCCAGCUUUGCUACGGGAAUCAAAAUCGAGCCGGACGUACAGAUCAAACAGGAGCCGAACACGGAGCAGAGGGAGGCGCGGGCUGUGCCGUGUGCAGCCGCAAAGGAAGGCGGCGUGGCAGUGAAGGAGGAACCGGGGAAGGCGACGGGCGGGAAGGGGACGGCCGUCAGCGUCAAGUCGGAGACGGUGCAGGAGACGCCGAGACUGAAACCCAACAAGAAAGGUGAGCAGCAGCAGCAGCAGCAGUAG